CCCCCCCCCCCUCGGCCAUGGCCGCCGAGAGCGGGCGGCACUUCUGGAAGCGCAGCGCCAAGCUGCCCGGCAGCAUCCAACCCGUCUACGGAGCGCAGCAUCCCCCGCUGGAUCCCCGCCUCACCAAAAACUUCAUCAAGGACCGCUCCAAGGUCAACGCGCUGCCCAUGAAAAGCAAGAAGGCCUCCAGCUUCCAUGAGUUUGCCCGCAACACCAGCGAUGCCUGGGACAUCGGCGACGAUGAAGACGAGGACUUCUCUUCCUCCUCCUCCUCCUCUUUGCAAACUCUGAACUCUAAAGUGGCCAAGGCCACGGCGGCCCAGGUCCUGGAGAACCACAGCAAGCUGCGGGCGAAACCCGAGCGGGCCCCGUCUGCGUUCAGCGACGUGCCCACCAACUGCAAGGUCAUCAAGUCCAGCAGCGAGGCCCAGCUCUCCAGGACUGCUGAGGAGGCCUGCGUGCGGACCCCCCUUCAGAAGCAGCAGUCCCUCCCCCUCCGGCCCGUCAUUCCUCUCGUCGCCCGAAUCUCCGACCAAAACGCUUCGGGUGCUCCCCCCAUGACGGUGAGGGAGAAAACCCGCCUGGAGAAGUUCCGGCAGCUUCUUUCCAGCCACAACACGGACCUGGAUGAGCUGAGGAAAUGCAGCUGGCCCGGCGUGCCCAGAGAGGUCCGGCCCGUGACGUGGCGUCUCCUCUCAGGUUAUCUCCCCGCCAACAUGGAGCGGCGGAAGCUGACUUUGCAGCGCAAGCGGGAGGAGUACUUUGGCUUCAUCCAGCAGUACUACGAUUCCCGGAACGAGGAGCACCACCAAGAUACUUACCGCCAGAUCCACAUCGACAUUCCAAGGACCAACCCUCUCAUCCCCCUCUUCCAGCAGCCGCUUGUCCAGGAGAUCUUUGAAAGAAUCCUGUUUAUCUGGGCCAUCCGACACCCAGCCAGCGGCUACGUGCAGGGCAUCAAUGACCUGGUCACUCCGUUCUUUGUCGUGUUCCUCUCUGAAUACGUCGAGGAGGACGUGGAGAACUUCGACGUGACCAACCUGUCGCAGGACGUUUUACGGAGCAUCGAGGCUGACAGCUUCUGGUGCAUGAGCAAACUGCUGGACGGGAUACAGGAUAACUACACCUUUGCACAGCCGGGGAUCCAGAAGAAAGUCAAAGCCCUGGAGGAGCUGGUCAGCCGGAUCGAUGAGCAGGUACAUAACCACUUUAGGAAGUACGAGGUCGAAUACCUGCAGUUCGCCUUCCGCUGGAUGAACAACCUGCUGAUGAGGGAGCUGCCUCUCCGCUGCACCAUCCGCCUCUGGGACACCUACCAGUCGGAGCCGGAGGGAUUCUCCCACUUCCACCUGUACGUCUGCGCCGCCUUCUUGAUCAAGUGGCGGAAGGAGAUCCUAGAUGAGGAAGACUUCCAAGGCCUUCUAAUGUUGUUACAAAACCUGCCCACGAUACACUGGGGCAACGAAGAGAUCGGUCUCCUGCUCGCUGAAGCCUACAGACUCAAGUACAUGUUUGCAGACGCUCCCAAUCAUUACCGCCGAUAGGUGCCAGGACUCGACUCUCUCCUCUGCCCUGUGCCCGCCUCCUCCUCCUGGCCCGAUCUGAUCACUGUGGCAUUUUGUCGUCCCAAGUCCCUCGGACACUCCAGCCGGGAGCUGCUCCUCGCUGUACAAAGCUCACAUCGACUUGUCUUAACUCUUCUGUGUGCCUGUCUGCCACUCCACGCGCCUGGUGUGCCACUCCAACCACCGUCAGUAUUUCGUGCCCGUGGCCCGAGCCAGGGAGAGAGGCUUGAAGGGGCUCGGGGGCAGCUUUGUAGGAAAAAAACUGAGCCGAGGACGGAGCCCUCCUGUCCUCUCCCACCCCUGCCCAGGGCUCGUCCAGCUGUUGACUGCCUUGGCUUUGCUGCCGCGUCUUUGCCCACCGCUGCACACGCAUACACACGUGCUCGCCGCCUCGCGCCUGUGUGCGCUGCCCCAUCCCGCUCCCUUCUCUCUUCAGACGCAGUUUGAUCCGACUCCCAGACGAAAAUGCCUUAUCAGAGACUGCCUGGCCGGAGACCUUCCCCGGGGCUGCAGGGCAAGAAGUUUCUCAGGGCCUGGCUUCACUCCGAGUGUCCGAAGACCCCGAGCACUUUGUGGGUUCACGAGGGAGCUGCUCAUGCUCUGCCCUCUCCAUCCUCUUCGCCUUCCUCCAGGUGUUGGUGGGCAUGGCGAGGGGACCACUCCACCCCCGUGUGCUUCGAAUGAUGCUCGUCGGCUCGCUGAGACCUUCUGCGACCGACGUCCUGUCGGUACAGCCCCUCCUGGCGUGGGGGGAGCGGGGGCCUCCUCAUGCCCCUCGCAAAGCCCCCGCUCCUCCAAGGCGUUCUGUGUAUAUUGUGUUCUUGUGUAUAUGGGUCAAAGAUGUACAAUAUAAGUCUUCUGUUUGUAGCAGAUAUGAUUUUAUAUUUAUAACAUACACCCCUUGUUCUUCCCCUCCUCUCCACGCCUGUGAAGGCUGCCUGGGAACGGCGUUGUAGGGCUUUGGACCCCUCCCGAGGUGAGGGGGGAGCCGGAGCCCCAGCUCUUUCUGCCCUACUGUGGUUUUGGGGUGUUGAGUGUGUCAGGGAGUUGUGUGGUUGAAAUAUCUCAAGGCUUCCUGCACAAAGGGGAGGGGGGGGUUGAGGAGAGGGGAGCUCCCAGCGGGAGCUGGGGGAGAGCAAGGCGAGGAGAUACAGGGUACGGUGCCCGGUCCCGGCACCGCAGGGCACAGCGGUGCCAGUGCUGCCGGGGCCUCUCCCGGGCACAAAGGGUCCCAGAUCCGGUGCUGGCUGCCCCCGGUGCUCCCCGUGGUGUGGACACAGCCUCUGGGGCCCCAGCGCACUUGGGGCUGGCCUCACCUCCCUCGGUUCUUAACCAAAACCAAUCGUGAAUGUUUCAUUGGGCUGGUUUCUUCCGCAGGCGCUGUCCCUGUCCUGCCGGGGUUGGGUGCGGGAGGGGUGCAGGGGACAGGUCCAGACCCCGCUGGGGAUUCUCGGGGCUGUCGGGGCAGGACGGGGGGGUGCCCGGUGCGAAGAGGCAGCGGGCUGUGAGGCCGGGGCCAAGCAUGUGGAAGGCAGAGCCUUGUUGCCAAUAAAACUCCAAACAGUGUCUCAAGAAAUCACUUUUCUGAUCUGGAGUUUUUUUUUCUUCUCAGGCAUUUGGACUUUUACUUUAUUUUCGUGUGUGCCUUUUGUUGUUUUCUCCGAGACAGAGCUGGCGGUCGGUAGUUUGACGUGACUGAUUAAAAGA